AUGGUAGAUAUUCCAGCAAUAGAACAAAUGUUGAACUUGGAAAGUGAAGAUGAUGCUAAAGUUUUUAAAGAGCAAUUCUUAAAUGUUAUAGAUAAUCAAAAUUUAGCUGAAAUAGUAGAUGCUCCAGCAAUAGAACAAAUGUUUGGCAGUUGGGACGAAUUAGAUCGUUUUAUAUCUUUCUAUGCAAAAUUACAGAAUUUUGUCAGUGUGAUACGUGGUUCAAAAUACAAGGAUAGGAAAGAACAUAAGGCAACAAGAUGA